AGGGGAGGGGGGACAAACAUGGCCGACGAGGCAGGGGAAGUAAACACAGCUGUUGAGGAUGGCGAAGCAAAACAAGAGGUACAUGAGCCCGAAGUUUCGGAAGCCGCGCCCGACGGCGAGUCCGGCGGCAGCGACGUGCAGCAACGGACGGAGAAGCCGGCUCCGGCCGCGGCGGAGAGCAGCUGGUCGGCUCCCAUCCUGUCUCUGGCUCGGAAGGCCACGGAGACGAUUAGCAGCGGGGUGAGCUACGCCGCUGCCCCGAGAAACCCCUCACAGGGAUCCGCUGCCAGCUCCCCGGCGGAGAAAGAGUCCGAAAAUGAUCUCAACAGCACUUCGGCAAAACUUCCAGUUUUGCCCCCCAAAGAUCCCAUGGUGAUAGAGAGAUCCAACCUCCUUAGCAUGAUGAAGCUGAGCAUCAAAGUUUUAAUUCAGUCCUCCUUGAGUCUGGGAAGGACGCUGGACUCUGACUACCCUCCUCUGCAGCAGUUCUUUGUUGUCCUGGAGCAUUGCCUCAAACAUGGACUGAAAGCCAAGAAAUCCUUUAUUGGUCAGAACAAGUCUAUAUGGGGACCACUUGAACUGGUUGAGAAGUUGUGUCCAGAGUCUGUCAACAUUGCCACAAGUGCCAGAGACCUACCCGGCAUUAAGACCGGUCUGGGGAGAGCAAGGGCUUGGCUGCAUUUAGCGCUCAUGCAGAAGACAGUAGCUGACUAUAUGAAGGCUUUACUGGACCGCAAAGAUCUCCUGAGUGAGUUUUAUGACUCUGGAGCGCUGAUGAUGGAAGAGGAGGGGGCGGUGAUGGGGGGACUGCUGGUGGGCCUAAAUGUGAUUGACGCUAACCUCUGCAUCAAAGGGGAGGAUCUUGAUUCUCAGGUGGCAGUCAUUGACUUCUCUCUUUAUCUGAAAGACCCUGCCAACAGUGAGACUAAAAAAGACGAUGCCAAGAUGACGGCCAUAUUGGAUCAGAAGCACUACAUCGAGGAGUUAAAUCGUCACCUCAGUGGCACUGUCACAGACCUUCAGGCUAAGAUGGAAUCUAUAGAGAAGACCAACAGCAAACUUGUAGAGGAGCUGACGGCAGCAACAGACAGAAUCAACUCUCUGCGGGAAGAACAGGAACAGCUAAGAAAGGAGAAUGAGACGAUCCUGCAGUCAAGUCAGAAAAAGGAAGAGGCAGCCCUCCAGGACAGCCAGGUGGAGCUGGAGACGUACAAGCAGACUCGACAGGGCCUGGAUGAGAUGUACAAUGUGGUCUGGAAGCAGUAUAAAGAGGAAAAGCGUAUUCGCCAGGAGCUGGAGCGUGAGUUGGAGCUCCAGGUGGGCCUGAAGCAGGAAAUCGAGGUGGCCAUGAAGCUGCUGGAGAAAGACACGCAUGAGAAACAGGACACACUGGCAGCCCUGCGGCUCCAGCUCGACCAAGUCAAGACGCUGAACCUGCAAAUGUUCCACAAAGCUCAGGACUCAGAACGAGAGGCAGAAAAGAAGCAGGCGGAGGCUGUGCAGCUCGAGCAGAAGAUGGAUGAAAUGGAGAAAGCCAUGAUUGAACUAGAGCAGAGACUUCAGAACUCGGAGCGAGAGCGCAAACAAAGUGAUCAGUCAGACAAAGACAUGAGGGUGGAGCUCGAAGGAAAAGUGGAUGCUCUGCAGAAACAGUUGGCUGACCUGGAUACGCAAAGGCUGGGUUUGGAGAAUGAGCUGCGCACUGAGAGGGAACAGAGACAGAGCCUGCAAAAAGCUCUCCAGCGGGAACAGGACAACAGUGUGGAGCUCCGCACACAGCUGCAACAACUUCAGGGCCUGCACACGGAGCUGCAGGAUUUGAAACAUGAGAAGCAGCAGCUGCAGCAGACAUGUGAGCAGCAGGAACAAGCUCUUCAGGAGAUGGGACUGCAUCUCAGCCAGUCUAAACUUAAGAUGGAAGACUUCAAAGAGGUCAACAAAGCUCUAAAGGGCCACGCCUGGCUGAAGGACGAUGAGGCCACUCAUUGCAAGCAGUGUGAGAAGGAGUUCUCCAUCGCUCGCAGAAAGCACCACUGUAGAAACUGCGGAGACAUCUACUGCAACAGUUGCUCCAGUAACGAGCUGGCCUUACCCUCCUACCCUCGGCCUGUGCGGGUGUGCGACAGGUGCCACUCCCUCCUGCUGCAGAGAAGCUCAUCCACAGGUUCCUGACAAAACACCCACAGCCUCAGUGUUUGUACGAGAGCUUUCUAACACUGCACAUACUCAUCCACUAUGAUUUUAACUACUUGUGUUUGAAACCUGUCAUCAAAUCUUCGGGAAAUGUGAUUUGGUGUUCCAUUUCCACUGUUACCUGAAAUUCAGGAACAUUAGUUCGUCUGUAUUAAAACGAGGGGCCACCUUUUAACACUGAUAGGAUGAGCUAAUAUAGUUUAUGCAGACUGAACGAUAGUUCACCUCAAGUCAAAAAUACAUGUUUUUCUUCUUAUCUGUGUCGCUAUUUAUCAAUCUAGAUUGUUUUGGUGCGAGUUGUCGAGUGUUGGGGAUAUCGACCGUAGAGAUGUCUGCCUUCUCUCCAAUAUAAUGGAACUAGAUGGCACUCGGCCAAAAAAUACAUCUGAUAAA